AUGGUUUAUUUAGGUAACAUUGAUUUUGUCGGUUUUUAUCAGGUAUUUGCUGAUGUGCUCACGGCCGAUUUGCUUGCUAUCGCAUUAAUUUCGACAAGUAACAUUGAUUUUGUCGGUUUUUCUCAGGUAUUUGCUGAUGUGCUCACGGCCGAUUUACUUGCUAUCGCAUUAAUUUCGACAAGUGUAGUACUCUAUGUUGUGUAUGCUUUCUUGAUGACUGACGCAAGUAUCAAUUUCUUGGAACAUUUGUAUACUGUAGUCGUACUGUUAAUCUUUGGAUAUGCAACUACACCAGCUAUAAGGACGUUGACCGAUACUAUAAGUACUGAUACUAUAUUUGCUCUAUCUUUUAUCACAGCAUUAAUCAGUUGUGUGUUCCAUGAUUACGGCGUCAAUGCUCCUAUGUGA